AGCCUCUACUUUAGUCAAUCCUCUUUGGCUGUACAUAUCUUAUAAAUUCAUUUUUUACUUAAAAAAAAGAGCUCUCAGUGAUUAGAACCAAGAGAAAUUGAAAAUUAAUUAUUGCAAAAUGUCGAACUUCGGGUUUGGAACGCCGGCAACGACGGCCAACACGAGUUUCACUGGUUUCGGCACCCCAAAGCUUACGACUGGCUUUGGCCUAACUGGAACGGCAUUUGGAACACCAGCACCAGCUGCUAGUGGGAGUUUGACAUUUGGGACUCCCACAGCUACUCCAGCAACAAGUGCACCAGCAGGCAAUUUCAGUUUUGGAACUACAGCCACAGCAACCCCUCAGGCUCAAACUGGAGGGUUGUUGGCUAAUCCUGGAACUACAGCUGCAACUCCCAGUUUAUUUGGGACUCCUGCAGCUACUUCUGCUGCUCCCUUGACUGGUCUAGGAUUUGGAACACUCACUAGUGCUGCUACGACUGGCUUUGGAGCCACUCCAAGUGCCACAGGAUUUGGAGCAACUCCUGGUGCAACCGCCACAGGGUUCGGAACAACUCCCGGCACAACCGCCACUGGAUUUGGAGCAACUCCUGGUGCAACAGUCACUGGAUUUGGUGCAACUCCUAGUGCUCCAGCUACUGGAGGACUCAGUUUUGGGGCUCCGACUACGUCAGCUCCUUUGUUCGGUGCCGCACCCACCGGAGGCCUCUUCGGGGCGAAACCUGCAGCCACACUUGCUCCAGUCACAACAACUACUAGUGUAAAUAAAGGUCUAGGGGGUCUAGACGUUUCUGUGAGUAAUAAAGGACUUUCUCAAGGGAGCAGUAGUCUCACAGCAGCCAAGGAGAAUCUUAUACCUAAUGAAAUAACUCAGACCAUCGAUGCCUUUAAAGAAUUUGUUAAGACCCAAAAGAGUCUCAGCUCGGACAUAGCUAGAGGUUCGGCAAGACCAUUGACCCGAUGUGCAGAGGACACAGCCUCUCUCAUGGAAAUUUUGACAACUCUAGCAGGAUCUGUCCAACGGGAUCGAUCUCUAGUCGAUAAAUUGAAGCAGGACACUGCAAAAGCCCUCCAAAGCGCUGAAAUCGCACAGAGAACCCACGACACUCCUCCUGGCUUACAAUAUGAAAAUAAUGCGCCUCUGUUAUUCUUCAUGGAACUCGCCGAAACAUUCGAGCAGGACUUGAUGCUUUUCAGAUCACAGAUUGAAACCACUGAGAGACAUAUACAGACUAUGAUGACUCCUAGGACACUUACACCUCAAGAAUUGACCAUGGCGAUGAAAAAAAUUCACGAAUCAUUGGUGGCUGUAGCUGGUAAAUUACAAGGAGUUCAUGCAAAAGUCCAGCAGCAGAAGGAGCAGUACCUUAAUUUACGAAAGUAUAUACUUAAGGAUAGUACAAAUGUUUUUGAGGAGAUGAAACCGAAUGGAAAAACCAGCAGACAUAGCAUUGGGAGGGUCACUAGUGGACCCACUCCAUUUGGUCCAGGAAACAAAAGUUUUCUCUCAUCAACUACAAUAAACUCAGGAAGACAACCGAGUUACGGAUCAGCAAAUCCACUCGCUUGGGGUAAUGCAACGCCAGUGCCAUCGGCAACAAAUAUGACAAUGAAUGCUACGAUGAAACCACCAACGGCGAGUUUAAAUUUCAAUCCACCGUUAAAUCUGACCGCACCAUUGUCGACGAGCGAAACGAGCUCGAGUUUUCAACUGCAGAAGCCACCAGUUGGUAAUAAACGCGGCAAACACUGAUACAAGUGUAAUGCGCUGAGUUCGAUGCAUUGAUUGAUAGAUUGGAAUCGAUCUGAUGCGCAAAUAGAAAACACAUGCCUUGAGAGGAAAUUUCAUUCGAUUUCAUUUUGGAUGGAAUCCUGUGGAUUGAAUACUGUGAAUUAUUGUUCUUCCUCUGAGAAGGAAUGGACUCACAGGCUCUCGAUGAUUUUCUCAAUUGAUUUCAUCAUUCAGUCGUUGAGAUUUUUAAGCCGACGUGGCUAGCAACUGUGGUAUAUAAUUUUUUUUGUGUAAUAAAGUGUUUUUUAAUUAA